GGAUCAGUAAGGAAAAAACGUGUGGUGAGAGAAACAGAGAAUUGAAAAGAAAUAUUUUUCCAAAAGCAUUACCGUAUUUCACUUGUUCUUCAUUUUCGGUAACCCAAAAUCGUCCCGAUUAUUCACCGAAACACAAAACCGAUUUCAUAUCUUUGAAGUUCGUUGAGUCCAGGUCACAAAUAUCCAAGGUUCAUUUCAUUCCGGCGUCGUUUCACCGAUCAAAAGCGACGUUGAAGUCAAGUACUCACGAAGGCAGCCAGCACUGCGUCGGUGACGGUUUCCAGCUUUCGGUCGAUCAUUUGGACGAUCAGAAGUUCAUCCUCUUCACACAAGGAAACAUGGAUUUUGGACAGAGAAGUGUGAAAAAGUACAAUCUCAUCAAUCCAAAGAUAGAUGAACUAAAGAAACUGGUUUCUUCGAUCGCAGAUCCUAUUGGUUUCAGAGACAGAUAUGGGGCACUUAUAUCUUUAUUGACACUUAGGAUGGAAGAAGGGUUAUUGCAGACAUUAGUACAGUUCUAUGAUCCAGUCUAUCACUGUUUCACAUUCCCAGACUAUCAACUCAUGCCUACAUUGGAAGAGUAUGCCCAGUUGCUUCACAUCCCAGUUGCUGAUACAGUACCUUUCUCUGAUUCAGAAAAGUUACCCGAGCACAGUUCUCUUGCAAAAGUGUUGUACAUGAAGAAGUCAGAAUUCAAGAAUAACUUCACCACCAAAGGAGGACUUCCAGGUUUCACUGCCAAGUUCUUAAUGGGGAAGGUUUCUUAUUUUGCCAGUCAAGGUUGUGAUAUUAUUGUGGAGCAUCUGUUCGCCUUGUUGAUCUACGGUUUGUUACUAUUUCCUAAUAUUGAAGGUUUUGUGGAUUCAUAUGCUAUACGCAUCUUCCUAAGUGGUAAUCCUGUUCCAACUUUGCUCGGAGACACCUAUCAUUCCAUCCAUUACCGUACUUUGAAAGGAGGAGGAACCAUAGUCUGCUGUAUACCGUUACUCUACAAAUGGUUUGUCUCUCAUCUUUCUAAGUCAGCUACUUUUUGGGAUCGCAAGUCAGGACUUCAGUGGUCACAGAGGAUUAUGUCUCUUACCCAGUCAGAUAUUGCAUGGUAUAGUAGAGUUUUAGACGAUGUGAAGAUCAUUGAUAGUUGCGGGGAGUUCCCCAAUGUGCCCCUCAUGGGCACAAAGGGAAUCAUUUCUUAUAAUCCAGUACUUGCUAGGAGAUAACUCGGUUACCCUAUGAAGGACAAGCCUCCUAACAUUCUUUUAGAAGGUAUUUUCUUGAGGGAUAACGAGGAGGACCCUACCAUGAAAGAGAGAGUAGUAAGAGCUUGGCAUCGUGUUUGUCGCAAAGGGAGACUUGAAUUGGGUAAGAAAGAUUGUACCUCCUAUGAGCCGUACCUCCAGUGGAUCAGAGCCAGAGCUAUACAGUUGAAAAUGCCAUACCCACAUCAUGAUCCUAUCAAACCCGCUCCGUUGAAAACCCCCUACCUUCCGCUAGAUGACAAAGAAGAACUCCAAGCCACCUUGGAGAGGGUCAAGAAAGAGAGAGACGC